AUGACCGCACAGUCAACGGUCUCCUACCUCUUACCUCUGCUGCUAGUCUGCCUAGUGCAGACAAAUCCCAAGCCCGAGAAGAUGAAGAUGGACUGCUACAAAGAUGUGAAGGGCACCGUCUACGAAUACGACGCCCUCACUCUCAAUGGCAAGGAGCACAUCCAGUUCAAGCAGUACGCGGGCAAGCACCUGCUUUUCGUCAACGUGGCCACUUACUGUGGUCUGACCGCCCAGUACCCUGAACUGAACGCGCUUCAGGAGGAGCUGCAGCCCUUGGGCCUGGUGGUGCUGGGCUUUCCCUGCAACCAGUUUGGGGAGCAGGAGCCAGGAGAGAACUCAGAGAUCCUUCCAGGGCUGAAGUAUGUGCGUCCAGGGAGAGGAUAUGUACCGAAUUUCCAGCUUUUUGAGAAAGGGGAUGUGAAUGGUGAAAAAGAACAGAAAGUCUUCACCUUCCUGAAGAUCUCCUGCCCUCACCCCUCUGAGCUUCUGGGCUCUUUCAGACACAUGUCCUGGGAGCCGGUCAAGGUCCACGACAUCCGCUGGAACUUUGAGAAGUUCCUGGUGGGGCCCGACGGGGUCCCUGUCAUGCGCUGGCUCCACAAGGCUCCCGUCAGCACCGUCAGGUCGGACAUCCUGGCGCAUCUGAAGCAGCUGAGAACGAAAUAGGAUGGCGCGUGCGGCGCGGGAGCCAUCUGCGGCUCAUCUGAAGACCUGUUUUUAAAAAUUCCGUGUUUCACUACGCUCUCUCCCCAAACGGCUUCCACUUGACUCGGUGGGUCUAUACCGCUGAAGAUCCCCCUCCCCACCAAGUAGAUUCACGCUCAGAAGCUCCUGCGACUUGUGGGAGAAGCACAGGAGUGGAAACCCUACCCCGCAGAUCGCUGUUAUAAAGGCAGUCACUCCUCUCCGUCAAUGCAGAUCAGCCUUCCGUGAGGACGGCU